UUGAGUACAAGAUAGAGACGUAUCGUGUAUAUGUUAAAGUGAUACAUGUCUGUGAGAGGAAAAUAUACGUAUUGGUGGCUAAAGAAAGUAAACUCUUCAAUCCGAGUCCCUAGUUUUCGUGGUUUCCUCAUCGUCCAAGGUCAAAAGCAAAAGCUGCCUGCAUGCAAAGAGAGAUGAAUAAUCAUAUAGCUGAAGUGGUACCUUCACAAGGAAACUUCAACGAAAGCCCAUGUCCUAUGAGCUCGAAAGCACGUCCACGUGCCCCACCAAAGGCUCGCAAAAAAAGGAAGAAAAAGCCAGAAAGUGAACUGAGUGAUCCUGAAGUAAUCAUUCCCCGAACAAUUCAUCUUCGUGGAAGAGCAAGGGGAGGGCAUAAUAACUCUACUAAAAUCUCCAACGAACGAGGCAAAUUAAACUCCUCAACAUUCGUUCGCUACUUCACGCAUAUAUGGACUUCUUUUCCCAAAGAGAAAUUAGAGCCAGUUACGUUCUUCGAUCCCUCAUGGUUUGAAUUAUAUUCCCAUGAGGAAAACAGAGGGAAGAUUCUGAAUUGCAUCAAGGAGAAGGGCGUAUUUUCAAAGAAGUAUGUUUUCGUACCGAUAGUCGUGUGGUCACACUGGAGCCUGUUGAUAUUCUGCAACUUGGGUGAGACUCUCGUUCGCUCAAAAGUCAAUGCUCCUUGCAUGCUGCUGUUGGAUUCGUUGCAUGCAAUAGGUCCAACGAGGCUUGAACCGUUAAUAAGAAGGCUUCUCUUUGACAUGUAUACAUCAGAGAAAAGGCUGGAGACUGAAAAACAGCUUAAGAAAAUGCCUCUCUUGAUUCCCAAGAUGAAGAAAGACUGGUUCAAUGUUGAAGACAUAGAAUCCUUCUCCAAGAGUCUCGAUGCUUUUUCUCUAGCCGAAAGUAAACCUGAUGAUUCUGCUUCCAGUGAUUCUAGUGAUUGUGUUCAGAUCAUCGAGGGCCCUUCUUUUAGCGGCAGCUAG